AUGGCGUCGCAGCAGCAAUACCGCAGUUCAUACUACGCCCAGGCCAAUUACGACCAGCCGCGCCGCAACCAGCGCACAAGAACGAGCGACGGUACUGUGAGCACUACUAUGAGCUCCGCCUCGGGCCGCGAGUCGGCCGCGACGCACGUUACCGAGCCGCCCACCUACUCUAAGAAGAUUGUCGUGGUGGGCGACGGCGGCUGCGGCAAGACCUGUCUGCUCAUUAGCUACAGCCAGGGCUACUUUCCCGAGAAAUACGUCCCUACCGUCUUCGAAAACUACAUCACCUACCCCAUCCACCCGCCUUCUGGCAAGACCGUAGAGCUGGCUCUGUGGGACACGGCCGGACAGGAGGAAUACGACCGCCUUCGCCCGCUUUCCUAUCCAGAGACGGAUCUGAUCUUUGUGUGCUUUGCAAUUGACUGCCCCAACUCGCUCGACAAUGUGCUCGACAAGUGGUAUCCUGAAGUUCUGCACUUCUGCCCCUAUACGCCGCUCAUCCUCGUCGGCCUCAAGUCAGACCUCCGCUACAAGCGCACGUGCAUCGACAUGCUCAAGACGCAGGGCCUGACGCCCGUUACCUCGGAGCAGGGCCUGGCCGUCGCCCGCAAGAUGGACGCGCAGUACAUGGAGUGCAGCAGCAAAGAGAUGCUCGGCGUCGACGAGAUAUUUGAGCGCGCCAUCCUCACCAUUGUCGCCAAUGACCGCAGAAACGUCGAGUCGGCGGCCGCCGCCCACGCCGCCAACGCCGAUGGUAAGCCGCUGCCGCCUCUCAAGGCUAAGAAGAAGAAGAGAAAGUGCCAAUUCCUCUAA